UUCCACAUCGACAUCCCUACUACAAACAAGUUAUAACUGGCAAAACUACUGCCAUAUUAACAUAGUUUGACUCCGAGAUUUGGCAUCUCCUAUUUGUGCCUGAUUGUAAUAUGAACACAACAUUUUGUUCAGAAACUUCAGUAAGCCGACGAUGUUCGACUGAGACAAUCUACAGCAUACAAGGAAAAGAAACAGAUUUCGCGCGAGACACCAGCGACACAGAUGCAAGUAUAUUCGAUACAGACGCCGAGAUCGAGUUCGAGCCGGCCUCUGAUGAUGAAGAGGACCAGGCGCCGGUGGACGAGGACACGUCGGCGUCUUUCACUGAUGGUGAAAUAAUAAAGACCAAAGUGCUAGAGGUGAGCGUGGGCGACGACGGCGACCUGCAGCUCGCGGACUCUGAGCAGACUGACUCGCAGGACAGCGACAGCGAGAUCGACCUGUACGACUUCUGGCAUUGCAUCAAGUGCAGAGCCGAGAACAACGUUCCGUUUUAUAGAUAUUGUCAGAAGUGCUUUCAGGUCCGCAAAAACUUCUUUCCUCCGCGGCCGAAACGUAAACGCAAACGCGGCACGACGGUCACCCCGGAGCUGGACGCGGUGCCCAGGACUCUGUCACAGGACUCCGGCAUCCAGUCCGUGCACAGUCAAGAACUGUUCAACAGCCAGGACGCGACCCACGGUGAGGGCACUUCGCGAGACGUUGACAGUAGCGCUGAGUUCACAGGUCGAGCGAGGAAGAGACGCGCCCGGUCGGUCGACGGCGGCUCCAAGCGAACGAAGCUCGCCUCUGCCUCCGGAUCCGGAUCCGACUCCGACUCUGGAGGCAACUCGGAGUCCCUGACCAAGUCCGUCAGCGAUCCGUCCGUGGCGAUCGACGAGCCGCUGAAAAUGACGAAAAAAGUAAUAUCGGAUAGGAUCAAACAAAAGCUAGACAAGGAGCUGUGCAUCGUGUGCGACUCCGAACCCAAGACCGGCGUGUUCGUGCACGGGCACCUCGCGCACAUCUGCUGCUGCUACAAGUGCGCCGUCAAGGUGUGGGCGCGCGCCCGCCGCUGCCCCGUCUGCAACCGCAGGGUCAGCAACGUGCUGCGCGCCGUCGUGCUAUAGUCCGCGGGCGCGAGCUUACGCCAUUUCUCUAAAACUUCAACAUACAUUGCUGCUUAGCGCCACCGACUGGCGCCCGCGUAAUGAAUACCGUUAUCUUUCCUCGACCACUUGACGUUCUAAUGACAGGCCGACACACGCGACUCGAUGAUGAUUUGAGAAUUAUUGAAACUUAGCCGUGGUCGGGCUCUGACAUGAUGAGCUCUCGAUGAGCGACGGCUUGUGAGCUUUGUACCCUCCGGUUCGUGCCAACGGAGUUAGGGUUGUCAGCCUCCAUUGGCGAUAACUUACGUGUGCUAUUGACAUUGUUCUUGUACAUCCUAAAGCCAUCCGUUGAUUUGGCAAGCACAAUAAUGUUUUGUAUACAUUGCGCGCGACUGGUUGUUAGUGACAUUAUCGUCCUCCGUUAAGUCAGUCGCUCGUUGCUGAGGGCGUGAUGAUUAAGCACUCAACGUCGUAUAGAAGUAUCAGGAAGUGCAGGGUUCGGAUAGUUAGAUUCUUCGUAAUCCACAUUCCGAUCUAUCUAUAUACUGUCAAGUUAGUAACGUUUGUUUGGCAGUAAAUUAAUUCGGUGAACUUGUCUGUUGGUGAGGUCCACAGACAACACGACCCGCGUCGUCACCGGUGCACUCCACCAGGAAUUUCUGGAGUAUCUCAUUCGUUAACGGAAUUGAAAUUGAAAAACGCCGUUCGCUAAGUUAGGACGUUUUGUAAACAAAACACCUUCGGUGUGCUUAGUGCGAGCUAUUUAACGUUGUCGAUAGCGUAAAAGUUAACUCUUGUAUGCAGUUGAAACAGCACCCCUAGCGGCAAACGUAGGCAAAUGUUCCAACUCCAUACAAUUUGGAGUUAACUCUUACGCUAUCGAGAACGUUAAAAAACUCUCACUAAACACACGGGUCUGUGACCGUGACUUUUGCAUAAAAGCUCUAUAAUAUAAUUAAUUUGAGACAUCGACUCAUAUUAAAGAUGGCUAUAACAAUUUAAAAAACAAUUAGACCAUCUACCUAUCUACGCGAAAAUGAAACAACAGAACAAGGUUAAUGUUGCCAAUGAUUAUUUUGGAUUCAGAGUUGCCAGGCAACCUUUAGUUUUUAAAUAUAGCAUCGAUAAGGUUUAAUGUGUAGACUACGCGAUAAUUGCAUAUAUGUACGUAGGUAGAAGUGUAAAUAAUUAUGUACAUAAAAAAAACUUUCCACCGAAGAAACAAAAGAGAGAUAAGUUUAAUAUAUUGUUUUCUUUUUAACUUCAUAAAUAAAUACUUUAGUUAGGUAGGGCCAUAAUAAAUAGAUUUUAACGGCGAAACAACGGUCGCCAAUCUUUUUUCGUGAUUUGAAACGUUAUUGCGUUGUACUCGUUUUUAAAAGCUUGUCUCAUCACGAGCUUGCCGUAAAAAUAUUUGAGCUUUAUGGCAAGCUUUACAAGUUCGAGGUAAAUUCUUAAUAAAUUGCGAAAUUCGUUUGAGACGUUACAAGUUUAGUUAAUGUUGAACCAGAUAUAAAUUUCUUAUUCAUCUGGUUACGUAGAUUCAUUUGUUGGGAAACAAAGAUAAUCUGUAAAAAGUACAAUUAGCGUUCCUUACUUCCCUCUUUUUAAGAGCCCGUAAUGUUUAAUUUAUUAUUCGUGUAUUGUGUAAUUAUUAUUAAUGUAGAAAUUUUUUCGUGAUAUUUUUUAUUAUUUAAUUUCAUGAAAAAAUACGACUCAAGUUGAACGAGUCUUUCAAUACUAUGUAAAUAAAUUUUGUUUUUUUUAAAGUACUUCCGAAAAUGCACGGAAAAUUCACGAACUAUUAUUUAUUUCAAGAAAAUUGAAUCUAAAAUUAAGAGCAUUAAAAACUAUACUAGGAUUAGCGAUAUGAAACGAUUUCAAUAUUUCUGAGUCGUUCUUUGUUAUCCGCGCGGUCGUGGGUACGGUUCGCAUUGUGUUCCUCGCUCUGAUUCAUUUCGAUCCAUGGUCUUCAACGCGAUACCCAUUCUGACGGUUUGAGGCGUGACGAGAGCACCCCGCCGUGGUAGUCCCCCGGGGACAGCGCUGGCGAGAUCCAAAAGUCGUGGUCAUGAGAUCGCCACAGAACGCACAACUUUGUGCACUGUGUUACGUUUAACUAAUAUAGUUGUAAAUUUCAGAAACAGUCAAUAGAAUAUCAUUUUAAAUUGUAAAUAACGUAAAUGUCUCUUUAGGUAUUUAAAAUGUGUUGUAUCUUCGAACGUAUCUCGAGAUAGCACAUCACUACACGCAGAGUAUAUCGCGUUAAAUGUAAAUAAUUAGUAUAGAAUAUAUUUUUAUCGAGAAACGCUUCAAUCAUUUUGAUCUUUAUUAAAAAUAUAACCCACCAUCUCUCCUACCGCUCAGAGGAUCUAUCAUUUGUUUUCUUGUUAUGUAUUAGAGAUUUUAUAUUUAAAAAAUUGUCUAUAAGCGUGCAAAAAUGUAGAAUUUAGAUCUCCAGUUAAUAGGGUAUUUUACGAUUUUUUUUAAAUGUGGCACAAUUCAACUAUGCAAUCAAUAACUAUUCACUGUUCUUUUUUUCUUCUAAAAUCGAACUUAAAUUUUCGCGCGAAAACCUUAGCCGCCAUUUUGUUUUAUUUGCUUAACGCUAAAGUGAAGUCCAAAACGGGAUUCGGUAAAAAUUGUGAGUCGCUGAAUCUGAGAAUACGUUUCAAAAUAAAAAUAAAAAUCUAAAUUAACGUGUCGGCUUCUAAGACAGUAGGAAGUUUUGGGUUUUUUUUUUGUAACCUCAGACCGGCAUGUAGACUCGGGGCCGACCUGAUGUGUCGCCUUAGAUACCGCAACAUGAUUGGCAUUAUUUAUUUUAAAGGCAGUGUGCUUAGUGCGAGUUUUUUAACGUUCUCGAUAACGUAAAAGUGAACUCAAAUUUGUAUGGAGUUGGAGCAGCGCCCCUAGCGGCAAACGUAGGCAAACGUUCCAACUCGAUACACAUUUGAGAUAACUUUGACGCUAUCGAGAACUUUAAAAACUCACUAAGUACACAGAUGAAUCUGCGGCUCGAUAACGGUGAGCGGUCACGUGAUUUAAGGACGAGACAUACCCUUAAAUAGCCGUUGCAUAACUUCCGUUGUAAGGUCUUAACAAAAUAUAUGACAUGCGAGUUCCAUAAGCGAGUAAUAUUAAUAUAAUUUAAAAAAAAAUAUCGAUGUUUGAAACGGUCGUAUAAAUUAUCAUCACGAAAAGAUUAUGGCGGCUACAGUUUAUCUACAGAGUAUCUACUGAACCGAUAAAAUAAAAAAUAAUCUCUAAAAGUCAAUGUAUAAUUUUUUUUGUGUAUUUUUAAUAAUAAUUUGUGUAUUUCAAUAGCUCGCGGCCAUAUGUUAACAUUCGUAUUUUAUAUUGCCGACCGUAAAAUACCCUAUUGUUAUCUAUAUCCCUUUAAGUAUAUUUUGUUUCGUUGUGGUUUAACUAUUUUCAUGUAAUUGUUAUAUUUUAUUUAAAAAAAAAGAUAAUAUGAAAGAAAGAAAGAACAAAAGAUAAAAUCGAAAAAGAUUAUUCGAUUUAAAAUAAAAAAAGAUUAUUAAUAAAACUUUUUUCUUUUUCAGCAUAAA